CGUACAGAUAUCCUGCGUGCGCAUUUUCAAUGAAAAUACAGCCCGAGAAGACAAAAAUAUCGCAGGCCAUACCCCAUUUAUCCGCCUAAAAUAUAUAUUUUCUUUAGAGGAUUCGACGUAUUUAGGUCAAACUUUCUGGCAUGAGCCAGACUGAGGAUUGUGCCUAUGGCAGACCAACCUGAGGAAGUUUGUGGGGGGUCAGAUCAUCGCCACAUCCCAGGGGCGUCGGUGCAUCACUCUAAGUACACACAACAAUUUCCAGAAGACAGUAAGAAAGCUCGCUCAAAGCGAGGGAAUAAACGUGCAUCCACAUCUUCUAUUGAAGGCCAAACGACAAAUAAAAGUAGUAAACUAACAGAAUCUAGUGAGUCUACUCGACCUCGCAGGAAUUCGCUAGACUCGGUUGGUAGUAGCUCGGCAAGCUCAUCGACUCGCCUUUCCUCCAGGCGACAGUCUGUGGAACUGCCUUUAGAACCAUACGCAAUAUCUCAGAACUUACGUUCCAAUUCUAACGCAUCUGUGAUAGAGGGAAUACCUUACUACAAAACGAAGGAAAAACCAAAAGAGACCAAGAGAGUGUCUCCAAAAAUAGCUGACCAAACAGGAUCGGCAAAAAAACAGAAAACCAAGAGUAAAGAGGACAAAAACAAAAGUAAUCCAGAGACAAAAUCUGUGAUUGUUGAUUUAAACAAAGUAACAAAGACAGCAUCAAAGAGUCUCACCCCUGGGAAGAAGGCCCACACGUCUGUGUUAGGUGAAUCAAGCACAGGAGGUAGACGCAGAAAAUCUUUCCCAUCCAAGUCGCCCGAGCUUGACAGCUUACGGCGAACACGACAAAGCAGAAAAACGGGAUCCUGUGCAAGUAGCAGUGGUAGUAGGCAAUCGUCUUCCCUCUCAAAGCGCCAGGGAGCCAGCAGGGGCCGGGCCGAUAACAGUGAAGGCACCAGUAGUGGAAAGUCGACCACUCAGUCCAGUCGUGGCAGAACCACAGAGACAGAAGCCUUGAGUAGUAGCAGUGCAAUGGCAUCAGAAGAGGGUGAGGGAGCAAGAACCGGGGGUAGUGAAGAAACCCCAAACCCCACAGCAGCCACAAGUUCUGGUGGAGCAACAGCAAGCCUGACCUCUGAGAGUGAGACUGAGGAGGCUGAUAUGGGUCGACUUCAGGCCCUCCUAGAGGCCCGGGGUCUACCCUCACAGCUGUUUGGGGCCCUGGGGCCACGCAUGCAUCAACUUCUGCAUCGUACCAUGGGAGGGGGAUCAAUGAACAAAGCCCAGCAGCUUCUUCAGGGCCUGCAGUCAACAGGGAAUGAAGACCAACAGCUGACGGCAGCCAUUGAGAUGUGUCAGUUGCUAGUAAUGGGAAACGAGGACACUCUGGCGGGCUUCCCCGUCAAACAGGUGGUUCCUGCCCUCAUCACCCUCCUACAGAUGGAGCACAACUUUGACAUGAUGAACCACGCGUGCCGGGCACUGACCUACAUGAUGGAGGCCCUGCCCAGGUCCUCGGCCAUUGUGGUAGAUGCCGUACCAGUCUUCUUAGAAAAGCUGAGGGCCAUACAGUGUAUGGAUGUGGCUGAACAGUCACUGACUGCUUUAGAGAUGUUAUCCAGGAGACAUGGCAAGUCCAUCCUGCAGGCUGGAGGAAUUGCAGCAUCCUUGAUGUUCCUGGACUUCUUCAGCAUCACGGCACAGAGGAGUGCUCUGGCCAUCACCGCGAACUGUGUCCAGAACAUGACGUACGACGAAUUCCACUUGAUUAGAGACUCGCUGCAGUUACUGAGCAAUAAACUCACCCAUCAGGACAAGAAAUCAGUAGAGAACUGCUGUAUUUGCUUCUGUCGCUUGGUGGAUAAUUUCCAGACCGACCAGAGGACCCUAAAGGAGAUUGCUGUCCAUGGUCUGCUGACCAACAUCCAACAAUUACUGGUGGUCAGCCCCUCUGUCAUCAGUACCAGCACAUUUGUCAUGGUGAUUAGGAUGUUGUCCAUCAUGUGUGCCAGCUGUCCUGACCUGGCAGUGGUCUUACUCAAACAAAAAAUUGCAGACACUCUUUGUUACCUUCUUGUUGGAACCUCAGAAGAAGAAAUGCACGGAGUAGAGUUAAUUUCUAGAACUCCUCAAGAGCUGUAUGAAAUUGUUUGCUUGAUUGGUGAAUUGAUGCCAGCCCUGCCCACCGAUGGGAUGUUUGCUAUAGACAACAUGCUGUGUAAGACACACAGCAGUGUAAUUGAUCUAGUCAGCUGGCAGUGGCGGGACGACCGGGGGGUGUGGCAUCCCUACACGUCUAUUGAUGGCAAAAUCAUUGAGGCUGCAUACCAGUCUGGUGAGGAUGAAGUGAGUUUGAACACAAUGGGCCGAUCUUACACAAUAGAUUUUAACACACUACAACAAAUCAAUGAAGACACAGGGACGGCCAGAGCUGUCCAAAGGAAGGUCAAUGCUACUGCUGGGGGAUCUCAAACUACAGCAUCCUCCAGCUCCUCGAGCACGGCCUCGGAGAUCAACCUGGAGCAAUGUGACUCGAGGGCAGAGGUCCUCAAAGAGGACAUGAAGUUGGCCUCGGUCUUCAUCAAAACUCUGUUCGCUGUGCUAUAUGAGGUGUACAGCUCCUCGGCUGGACCUACUGUGCGACACAAGUGUCUUCAGACUUUGCUCAGAAUGAUCUAUUAUGCUGAGCCCAGCUUACUGAAGGAAAUUCUCCAGUCUCAACCAGUCUCAAGUCACAUUGCUGCUAUGAUGGCAUCAAAUGAUGUCAAAGUUGUUGUUGGAGCGAUUCAGAUGGCAGAGAUUCUGAUGCAGAAGCUACCAGACAUCUUCAGUGUGUACUUCAGGAGGGAAGGUGUAAUGCACCAGAUUAAACGAUUGGCUGACUCCGAGUUGAAGGUGGAGUCCCCGGUAAAGCCUGCUCCGACUACCGCCUCCUCCUCCAGCCUCAGUAGUACCUCGUCUGGGUCAUUGACCUCUGAACCAGUCCCCACAGAGAAGGAGGGGGCAUCUCCCCCUGCCCCAGAAGAUAGCCCCAGCUCCAGUCAGAUGAAACUUAGUGAUGUUUUGAAAAGAAAGAAAGCUCCAAAACGCUCCUUAGGCAGAAAGAGCAAAGAGGAAGCCACAACCUCCGAAACAAAACCAGCGUCCAGAAGCUCGGGGCGGGCCAAGUCUGCGAGCAGCAAGGAGAGCAAGUCCUCCUCCUCCUCAAAGAUCUCCUUCCUUCCAAGUCUCAACCCCCGCAGCUGGGCCAAGUUCUCCUCCAGUGACCGAGUGCCAAAAGCUUCUGCAUCAAAGGAAGCAGUUUUAUCCAAAAAUUCACAAAUAUCAGCUCAUAGGGAAAAAAUUAAAACAUGGAUCAAGGAUCAAGCUGAGCGAUUCCUCCAGCAGUACUUUGGUCCGGACUUUGAGGGAACCAGUCACCCAGCCUUGACCGUACUCAACCAGUUGUGUUCAGCUGCCGAGCAAAUUCAGACUGAGUGUGACAGUGGUAUAGAAGGAUUAAAAAGCAUAGCUGUGAUCAUGAGAGACAGUGACGUCUCGCCCUUUGAAAUCAUCCACAGUGGCCUCAUACAAAAGCUGCUGCAGUAUCUCACGUCAUCCUCUUGUGCUGUGCCACGUGAUGUCAGGAUACGGCGCUUUCUGCACAUCUUCCUUAAUUGUCCAGCCCCUGAUGUAUUACAUGUGAAAAGGUUAGAAAUGGAGGGAAAUCCUGCAAUGUCCUAUCUAGUCAACAAACUUAUUGGAUGUCUUCAUCAGUUAGAACAGUUUCAGGUCAAAGUUCACGACCUCCCAGGAGGCAAUACCUCCAGUGGCAGAGGAUCAAAUGCUCUCAGAUUCUUCAAUACCCAUCAACUCAAGUGUAAUCUCCAGCGACACCCUGAGUGCACCACCUUGAGGCAGUGGAAGGGAGGGCCAGUCAAAAUUGACCCCCUGGCCCUAGUUCAGGCCAUCGAGAGAUACCUGGUGAUAAGAGGCUAUGGAAGGUCAAAGCCUGAUGGGGAUGAUGAUAUCAGCGACGAUGAGAAUUCUGAUGAUGAUGUUGACGACACCAUGGCUGCUGUGUUCAUCAGUCAAGGAACAGCCAGACACAAACUGGAGUUCUUCAUGGGUGAGCGAUUCCUGCCGUACAACAUGACAGUGUACCAGGCGGUCAAGAACUACAGUAACCCCGGGGAGACCAGUGAGACAGACACCGAGGCUGAGAGUCCACUUGGCCACGCCAACAUCUGGGUUCAAACCCACACCAUUUGGUACCGUCCUGCAUCAGAAGGUGAUGAUGCUUCAGCCACAAGUCCAAAGAAAACCAAGGGAGAUAACAAAUCUCAAAAAACCGUCAGAAGAAAGAUGGAUGAACUGUGGAAUGAUGGACACUGCCCCGUGAUGGUCCCCGCCCUCAACGCUUACCUGACAGACAAACUUCCAGCAUUUGUCACGGUCCAGGAUGCCUCGCUGGACGUAAUUGCAUUACUUCGAAUCCUCCACGCGUUUAACAGAUACUGGUCCACUAUGUACGAGGUGCCAUGUCCAGUAAAUCCAGUACUACCGUACAUUGAAUUUCUUAGUUCCAAAUUAACAGCCAAAGCUAAUCGCCAGCUACAAGACCCUCUUGUUAUAAUGACUGGGAACCUCCCUAACUGGUUGGCGGAAAUCUCAAACGCAGCUCCUUUCCUGUUUCCAUUUGACACGCGACAGCUGUUAUUCUAUGCCACCACCUUUGACAGAGACCGUGCGUUGAUGAGGCUACAGGACAACACCGGGGAUAACGGGACGACGGACAGUACGGACAGAGUGGCCCCCCGGCUGGACCGUAGAAGGAAACAAGUGAGCAGAACGGAAUUGUUGAAACAGGCAGAGAAGGUGAUGGAGGACAUUGGUAACUCCAGGGCCCUGCUGGAGAUCCAGUAUGAAAACGAGGUUGGUACUGGUUUGGGCCCAACAUUAGAGUUCUAUGCCUUGGUGUCUAAAGAGGUACAGAAGUCUGACCUUGACCUUUGGAGAGGGGAUGGCAUUAAGGAAAAAAGUGCAAUAGGGGAGGAUGAGGAGAUCUUGUACUGUUAUUCCCCCUGUGGCUUGUUCCCGGCCCCACUUCCAAGAAACGCUAAAGCAGCGGUCAUUAAUAAAGUCAAAGCCAAGUUCAAGUUUCUGGGGAAGUUCAUGGCCAAAGCUUUAAUGGACUCCAGAAUGCUGGACAUCCCCCUGAGUUUGGUGUUCUUCAAAUGGCUGCUGGGACAGGAACAUAGCCUGACCUCCAGUGACCUUCAGCAUCUGGACCCAGUGGUGGCAAAAUCAUUCCAACAACUAGAGGACGUCUUACACCAAAAACAGAGGAUCCUCACCGACAAGUCACAUACGGACGAGAGUCGACAGUUGGCUCUGGAGAGUUUGACCAUGGAUGGUUGUAGUAUAGAAGAUCUGGACAUUAACUUCACUCUGCCUGGCUACUCCAACAUAGAGCUGAAGAAGGGGGGUCAGGAUAUCACGGUCACACUGGAUAACCUGGAGGAGUACUUACAGCUGGUGGUCCACUGGAGCCAGGUCGAGGGCGUGUCUCGGCAGUUUGAGGCCUUCAGGGAGGGGUUCGAAGAAAUCUUUACUCUGUCCACACUGCAGAGCUUCUAUCCAGAGGAGUUGGAACAGCUGUUUUGUGGCAACAAGAAGGAAGUGUGGGACGUUAAGAUGUUAAUGGAAUGCUGUCGACCCGACCACGGUUAUACACACGACAGCCGGGCUGUCAACUUCCUGUUUGAGGUUCUGAGUUGUUAUGAUGACGUGGAACAGAGACAGUUCUUGCAGUUUGUAACUGGGUCUCCACGCUUACCUGUUGGAGGCUUCAGAAGUUUGAAUCCUCCAUUGACCAUCGUUAGAAAAUCAUUUGAAGGAACAGAAAAUCCUGACAAUUUCCUACCAUCCGUGAUGACAUGUGUUAACUAUCUGAAACUGCCUGAUUAUAGCACAAUAGACAUUAUGCGAGAAAAGUUAACAGUUGCUGCAAAAGAGGGACAGCUUUCUUUCCAUUUAUCAUAGAAAAUGAUUGGAUUUGUAAUUGUUACGUUAUUCAAAAUGUUGGAACUUGGAAAGAAAGGAGGGGGUUGUUAGCUAGAUAUUAUGCUUAAUGUGUCUGUUGCAUAUAAUGUCUUUGCAAAAUUAUGACCUUCAUGUCUGGAAUUGGCGUUCAAAGAAAGUACAAACUUUGUCGAGAGAAAGGGAUAUGUAAUUGAAUAAAACUCCCAAGAUGAAUUACUGCUAAACUGGUUGUGUGAAUUUUUUUGUCAUUUAUAGAUGAAGAUAGAAAAACAAAGAGAGUGUGUGUAUCUGUAUCUUGAGUUUGUUUGUACAUGGAACUCGUCCCUUGUUCUGUCUAAGGAGGCAGGCAAGGUGAACCUUUCACUGAGCGCGGUUAUGUGUACCUGUCAUAUGUACCUUUUGUUUAUUUGAAAUAAAUCUUGGCGUUUUAUUCAGAAA